AUGGGAGACUGGUCUAUCUUGGGACGUCUACUAACAGAGGUCCAAAACCAUUCAACUGUAAUUGGAAAAAUAUGGCUGACAAUGCUCCUGAUAUUCCGAAUCCUCUUGGUAACACUGGUGGGAGAUGCCAUGUAUGGUGAUGAACAGUCUAAAUUCACUUGCAAUACCCUUCAACCGGGCUGCAAUAAUGUCUGUUAUGAUAGUUUUGCACCGGUCUCACAUCUUAGAUUUUGGAUCUUUCAGAUUGUCCUAGUAUCAACCCCUUCCAUUUUUUACAUCAUCUAUGUCCUGCACAAGAUUGCUAAAGAUGAGAAGACUGAACUAGAAAGGGCCUACAUCAUGGAACUUCUUCAAAGUUUAUCCAUUGGCGAACAUUUCCUGAAAAAGAGCAAAAGUCCAGAUGCUGAUGAGCAGGUGGAGGUUAAAGAGAUAACCAAAAAAGGAGAGAGGUUCAAGCCAAAGUUUGCGAAUGAUCCUGUCCGGGGUCCCAUUCCGGUGUUUGACAAGAUGCACGUAAUUUACAUUGUCCACGUGGUGCUCAGGUCGAUCAUGGAAGUGGUGUUCCUAGUUGGUCAAUACUACCUUUACGGCUUUGAAGUACCUCAUCUUUUCCAGUGUCACACCUACCCUUGUCCCACCACAACAGACUGUUUUGUCUCCAGAGCUACUGAGAAGACAGUCUUUCUUAACUUUAUGUUUGGAGUUGGUCUUGGUUGCUUUAUUUUGAACAUUGUGGAGCUGCAUUACCUGGGGUGGUUCUAUGUAUUUAGAAUUUUAGCAGUUGCUUGCAAUACUUGUUGUGAAUUCAAGAGCAGAAAGAAAAAGAGGCCCAUGGUAUUGCAUCCUGAGCAGAAUAGUCUACUUAUACAUCUGAAGGACACCAUACAAGAACGAUUUGUCCUGAAGACCUCAGCAAGCCUUUCCACAGAGAAAAUUGGCUGUUUACCUUCCCCACCAGUAAACACGAUUUCCUUCACAAAUGAUGACACUGAUACUACCGCAAGGAGGAGCCCAGAUAUUAAACACAGUAAUAUAGGCAAAAUAGCCAAGGGCAAGAAAUCAUGGCUUUAG